GUUUAUCUUCCUUCUUGGCAACAGUUCAGCUUUCCAUUGGUGUUUUGCUGUAGUCAGCUGAGAAGACAGACAUUGAGAUCACUUCCCAGUUGUUUCUGGGUGUCUCUAGUAUUCAUCAGCCUCUUUUUGCUGUCCUAUGUUGCUAUGAGGAAAGGAGUCAGCAAUGACUGAUGUGGAGCCCGUGGUCACAGAUUUUGCAGCAUCAGGACGGGCAGGCCGCCGAAACGCCUUACCAGAUAUCCUGGGCUCUCCUGCUGGUGCUGGGACUUCAGACCUGCCACACAAACUGGCCGAGCUCUCUGUUUCAGAAGAUGCAGGAGCAGAGGGUGGAGAAGUGUCAUCAUCCAAAGCCUUGCUGGAAAGUCAAGAGGCGGAAGGAAAAUGCAGUGAUUCCUAACACUUAAGGACUUUUGGGUUCAUGAAUCCCAUCAACAGACUUCCCAGUUUCCCUGUGUCACCCCUUCUGAAGUGUGGUAGCAACUUUAGCAGCACAGACAUGACUUUGCAACACACUUGUACCUAGAUGAUUAUGUGGAUGGCAUACAAUUCUUUCUACUGUCAUCCUUCAAAAGCAAUGUUCUGCAUAUCCAAACAGGAAGAGAACUAAAGAAUGUAUCUCUUGUUUUCAGUUUCCUCUCUUGUUUUGGUUAUAGUAUUCAUCCUAACUGAUCUUCUUUGACAGAUUCAAUUAAUAUACCUACCAGCAAUUAAUUAUUGUUUCAAAAUAAAAAUCCUGUUUCUUAAUUUCCCAAGCCAGCUUCUUUUUCCCUGACACAGAGGUGUGUUCCCUCCCUGUAACGUGAUAUUAAGUAUAUAUUAGAUUACAGACAUUAUCUGUAAUUUAUCUCCUGAGAUUUUUGUUCUCAUUAGACAAAUGUAGAUGGGUAUGAGAAAAAAAAUAAUUACACAAAAUAAAAUUUUCUCCUACUCCUGUUGCUGAAAGGUUGCAUAAACUACUAAACAUCAGCAUUUGUUUUCAAACUCUCCUUACCCCUGUUUAAUUAUGGCAGAUCAUCUCAGUUCUCCCUCUCUUUGCCAUCUCACCACUUUGGCCAUUCAUUUUCAUGCUGAAUAUUGUAGCUGUUCAUGCGUAUCUAAAGUAAAGUAGGUAUGUUUGUAUAUGAUGAAUAUUAUUUGAUCUCACUGUGGAAAUUAAAUAUCUAUCAUCUUUUCUGUCUUCAGUUGAUUUCUUAAUGUUUCGCCUGUAGGACAAUAUUUAAAGCCCAAUAAUACAUAUAUCUUUUAUUUCAUCUGGAUUUUGCUUUGUUGUUUGCUGAUAGUGAAGAUGUUUCAAUCAUUGUGAUUUUACAAACAUUUUAGGCAAAGUUUUUUCUCUACUGAAAGGACUUGUUUUGUUUUAGAGAUCAUGCUUCUGAAAAUACUUGGCAUUCAUUCCCUUAUUAUAGGGGUUUAAGAUUCAGGUACAGACAUGAACGAUUCCUUGGGCAGCAGCCACUUACGUACAUCAUGAAAACAGGAAGCAUCUUGGAUGGGUACAUCCCACAUGUGACUGGUAUUCCAUCUAUGAAAUAUUUGUGUUACCUAAACCUGGCAGAGAGCUUGUAAGAGCUCAAGAGAGCUUAUUAGGCACAACUUUCAUUCCUACUGUGCAUUUACUCAUACCCUGGCUUUUGGGGACCAUUCAAUAAAGGAUCCAGUUUAAUUCACCUAAACUGACAAUUAGUUCCCUCCUCUUAAACCUGUUUUCAUUUAACAAAUGCAACAUCCCAAUUUUUUUUCAGAUUUUCAAAGGUAAAAUAACUUACUCCACUGGAUCUAAACAGGUGGCUUAAGAAAGUCUGAGAUGCUGAACUAGCUGACACUGGAGGACCAGAGCUGAAAACCACAGUGGAGAGGGACUAGGAGGUAACUGUAUUUGUGGUACACAUGCUUGUUCUGGGUUGCAGUCCCAUUCUCCUAUAGCAGCCUCCUUUAUAGCAUCACAGUACAUAUAUUGGUAAAUUAGAAGAAGCUGUGGUGAUCCCAUCAAAAUCAAGCAUAUGAGUAUUACUGAAACAUAAGUCCUUAUAUGCUUUGCUCUUCUGGGUCAUGGCCUAUAUUGAAUUCUGCACUUCGUUCACAGUUGCAGCACUGGAUAUGUUUAAGUUUCUUCUCUGAUACAAUACAAACAUUUAAAUUUGGGUUUCAGGAAUAGAUACUUUAGGUACUUUGUUAGUCUAAGCUAGUUUGAAAUUUUUUGCUAUUAAUACAUCAAUUAUGAACCAGCUGAAUUUAGCAAAUUAUACAUGUGCUAAAUUUUAUGUAAAAAAACCCCAGUCUAUAACUAUAUACAUAAAUGGCAUUAACUGCUCACAAAUGUAUAGUUUACGACUAGUCAAGAAUGCUCAACACACUGCGUAAUUUAUUGUAAGCACUCAGGUGUUUGCUUUGUACUUGAGUACUUGAAUGAAUUUGAAUGUACUUGAAUGAACCUGUCAAUAAAAAUAUGUUGCAUAGAAAGAAGAAUUUUAGCAGCAAAUUUGGAAAAAACACCGUAUUAAAACCAAGAUUUAAAAUGCAAUAUAAUUAAAAGCUGGAUGAACAUUUUAAAAAUAUCUGUAAUAUGUUAUAUGUGUAUUAUCUAAUUGCACAUUAACCAAGUUACAAACACAGAAAUGCUUCUUUGCCAUGUGCAUGUACCGUUUGUGUCUAAACAAGUAUUAAUCUAGACUGCAUGAGACAUUUCUUUAUUAGUUAGUUGUAGCAGUAGGAAUAUUUAGUUAUGCCUGGAUUUUACCAAAUUUCUCCAGUUCUGAGCCAAAUGCAUACUUCUGAACUUGUAUAAACUGACUCACAAAUUGACUGAUGUGGGAGACAUUGUACCACAUAAACUUUGGUCUUUGGAGCAGAGUUUAUUUGUUGUGCAUGAUUAUUGACUCAGGCAGAAGGGAACUCACCCCUUUAGGCCUGUCUGGGGGGCUUUAUGGUAUGCUGUCCAGUACUCCGGGGCUUGGGCAGUUA